AUGGACUCUUUAGACACGAAUUUGCUUAGAGAUGAUAUGGAGCAGGUUCGGAUGAUUCAGGGUAGGAAAAAAGGUUAUGCGGAUAGGAGAGUUCGACCAUUGGAGUUCAUAGAAAGUGAUCAUAUUUUUCUCCGAAUGUCGACCAUUAAGAGUAUGAUACAGUUCGGAAAAAAGAGCAAGUUCAGCCCUCGGUUCAUUGGCCUAUUUAAGAUUUUGAGGAGAGUGGGAGAGGUAGCUUAUAGAUUUGUGUUUCCGCCUAGCUUACCGACGGUGCAUCCUGUGUUUCAUGUUUUCAUGCUCCGGAAGUAUGUUUCGGAUGAGUCUCACGUGUUAUCUCUUGGCACAGAAGAGUUGGGUCUAAAUUUGACUUUUGAGAAUAAGCCCAAGGCCAUUCUUAAUAGAUGA